AUGCUGUCGACAGCAAAAUUACAGCCGCAUCUUAGCGAUCACCCUUACCUUAUCGGUAUCGUCGGGCUUAGCAUAGGUUUGCUCGUGCUCCAGAUUGUUCAAUACUUGAGGAAUCCUCUGAGACACAUUCCUGGCCCGUGGCUGGCGAGAAUCUCUCGUCUGCCUCUGUUUGUUCAGUCUUUCACCGGCACGCGAGUUGGUUGGAUCAUCGAACAGCAUAAGCACUAUGGACCUGUCAUUCGCAUUGCCCCCAACAAAGUCUGUGUGGCCUCAAGCGAAGGAGUGAAAGCCAUCUACAGCAACAAGGCCAUCAAAUCAUCUGCGUACGAGGGGUUUAAGUAUCACGACGUGAAAAUGUGCAUCGGUCUGCGCGACGUUAAGUCAGCUCACACCCGUCGGAAGGGCCUGUUGCCAGCAUUUUCGCACCAGAAUUUGAUGGAAAUGGAGCCCGUCAUUAGAUUCCACUUGGAGAGGUUCCUCAAAUGGCUGGAGAAAUUUGAUCACACGAGAGAGUACGUUGAUUGCUUCAAGUGGUUUCGGUACUUGACAUUCGACGUCGUGGCCGAUAUUGCUUUUGGCCAGCAGAUUGGCAUGCUGGUUCAAGAAGACGACAACUUCAUCCGGCACGUCGAGUACAGAAACAAACGGAAUGGUCUAGCCGGACCUUUCCCGUUCAUAAUUCCACUCCUGAAGAUUUUGAACCCGGAGACCGCAAGAAACUGGAUCAAUGCUGAUGACGAAAUCGCUAAGUAUGCCAUUCGGGCACGGGAUGGCUGGUCUCGAGCAGAAAAGGACCAUCGACCCAGAGUCGACAUUCUCGCUCGCCUAGAGGAGGCUGCCGUGAAGAAUCCGAAGGAGGCGCUGUCACCGGAGGAAAUCAUCGCAGAGAUGAUGGAAAUCCUCAAUGCAGGCUCGGAUACCACGGCCAAUACCGCCAUGUUCGCAUCUUACGAACUCGCAACCCGGCCAGAUGUCCAGCAAAAGCUCUACGACGAGCUUUUGGAGGCUUUCCCUGAUGACUCGGAGCCGUUGACGUUUGCAAAACUAUCUCAACUACCGUUCCUCGACGGCGCCUGCCGGGAAGCGCUGCGAAUCCAUGCUCCCAUUCCGUCAUACUUGGAGCGACUCGCUCCCGAGGGUGGCCUGUCUAUCGAAGGCACCUUCAUACCAGAGGGCACCAUCGUUGGUAUGCAGGCUUAUACAAACCACCGGGAUCCCAGCGUCUACCCCGACCCUUUCAGAUUCUGGCCCGAGCGAUGGUUCAAUCCUUCGGCCGAGAUGAAACUGAAUUUCCUCCCCUUUUCUGCUGGACCGCGCUCUUGCAUUGGUUUGAACCUUGGAAACAUGCAGCUCCGAAUUCACCUAGGCCAUAUUUUCCGCAUGUACGAGGCCGUCUGCGCGCCCCAGACCACGCCCGAAGCCAUGUCCCACGUUGAAUUCUUCACUAUUCGGCCCAAAAAUGGCAAGUGUGAUUUGUAUUUCCGCAAAAGAAAAUGA